AUGAACUCAGACCAUCCAAAUGAACCGAAUUUCACAGCAUUUAUGGAUGAAAGUUUUACAAAUAACUACCGUGCUCGAAAGCCUUCAAAUGAAGUUCAGCCAGUUUCGAUUCCCAGAGUUGUAGCACAAUCAAGUUUAGAUAACAAUGAGUUAUAUUCGAGUUUAAAAUGUAAUCUCGAAAAAGCAAAAGAAAAUACUUAUAUUACUCCAGACAGGGUUGUACCUUUAGACCAUGAGCAAAGGUAUGUGUUUUAUGUUUUUUUUCUGUUUUUAGUUAGCUUUUUACGAAUCUUCUGCAGUUGUUUUUUAACGUUAAUAUUGUGAAUUGAGCUUUUCUUGAUGUUUAAACAAGGAAAACAGAGUUUUUUAUACCUAAAUUAUAGAAUUGUUUAGAAGUCGAAAUCUGUAUUGAUCUUAAUUAUCUUCAGCAAGAACUUGUACCAACUGAUCUAUGAGGCAAGUCCAUUGAAAGACUUGAUUCCUUUCUCUACAAACCCAGAACACAUUUUUCCAGUGUUGGAUACUUACAAAGAAUGGGAAAACUUUGCAAUAAUGCUUGGUGGAAUAUACAAGUACGUUUUUACCUUGGCGUUAAUGCAAUAUAUUGUGGUACAUUGACUAUUAGUGAUUGAGACGGUGAAAAUAAGAGUGUUAUUGGUCUGUAUGCUUUUCUUUUAACAUUUUUAUUAUUUUAAAAGUUAAUUAGGUAUAAAAUAUGUUUUGCUAAAAAUUAUAACGUUUUAUGCUAGGUGUUGGUCUUCUAAAGAGCUUAUCUUACUUUAUUUUAGCCGAAUUCUGGAUCUCCAAUCUCUAAAAGAGGUUUGUGGCUGGAUUUUCAUUGUCUCUGGCUAUAUUUUAUCUCCAAAGUACGAAUCUGAAUUUGGAAUUGAUAGACAGGUGAUAUUCGACAAGUUAUCACCUCUCUUUGUCAAUAUAUUGAAGUAUACUUCUGCACAGUUCUUGGCUGACAAUUUGACAUGUCAUAUUUCGUAUUUUGGUCAACGAUACUUUGACCAGAUUUUCGGAAUGAUUGACUACAAAAUCUUGGCUGGAUCGGUAAGAUUGAUCGCGGAAACCGGGAUUUCUCCAGAUUUUAAGAGGGUUUUUGAUGUAUUUUAUUUUAGGUAUUAAUUAUUAAAGUUUUGGGUUCAGUGUUGGUGUUUUAAGACUGAAUGGUAAUAUUUUCAGUUUUCCGAGUAUAGAAUUGAUGCGGCAAUCAAUUAUCUAAGCAAUAUGGCUAACUUAUUGACAGCCGGCUGUGUCGAACAUUCUUCAAUGGCUUCAGAAACUCAGAUUCGGAACGAUACUUUGAAGUUGUAAGAUUUUCAAGUGAAAUACGUAAUUUAUUACUAAAAGAAUAUUUUUUGAAUUUUUAAACUUAAAAAUUUUUAAGUUACUGAAAUUUAGAAAGGUAUUUUGAAGUCAUUUUGUCUAAAAAUGCGGUUAAAAGCGAAAAGUGCGCUUUUAAUAUCUAAAAUCUUAAAGGCACACUUAAUUUGCAGAUUCUUCAUCAAGUACUCAUGCUUUAUACUGCCUCGCAUCUUCUUUAGCAAAUAUUUUGCUACCUAUAAAGCAAAGAUAAUGCACUUCAUUGAAAGUCAUGUGGAUGCAAUGACAACUUUAGAGGAUUAUUUUGGAAAGAAUCUGGCGUUCAUUUUUGAUUAUUUUAUGUUGAACAGAAGUGUCAUACCAGAAGAUCAGUUGACAUCCGCUGUUUAUCAUUUUACUGGGCAUUCUUUGGAGCACUAUGUCAAAAGGAACACUUUCCAAUCGAUGUUAGUAUGUAUAUUCCACCUUGGCACGAACAGGGAUGUUUCACUGAAAAUGUUGAAGCGAAUAGCAAGUGCAAAGUAUGUAGAUUGGAGUGAAUUGGUCAAAAAUCAGUUUCUGGGACUUAUGAUCGAUCUACGACAAUAUAUGAUAGAACAACCUUACUUUGGACAGAGGAAGAAGGAGAUUGCCAUGGGUUUGGCAGUGUUCGUUAAGGAAAUCAGCUCGGUCACGGUUAAUACGGUAGGGUUUGACAUUUUUUUUGAGAUUUGAUUUUUUUUGUCAUUUUACUUUGAUGGUUUGAGAUCAAGGCAAAUCUGAUUCUGAUGAUCAAAAGUCUUUUUUUGUCGCUUAUAGUUACUAUACUUUGAGUAAAGCUACAACAAGCUAUAUUAUAAAGGCAUUAUGUUACUCUAAUAAGCUAAAUUACAGUACGUUGCCAAGAUCUGUCACACUUUAUGGAUAUUAAACUCGCCCAACGAACACUUUGGGGCUGUUUGGAAGGUUCUAAUCACCAAGUUGGACAUGAAGAAUCUGAUUCAAAUGCGCUAUAAACUAUUGUUUUACUUUCUUCAAGUUUCUGAGUUUAAAGAUUUGGCACAUACUUAUCUCAAGGAAUUGGAUCGGAAGAAGAUAACGUAUGUUAUUUAUGACUUAGUAGAUUAUUAGGUUUUUCAAAUUAUUCUGUACUUUUCUCAAAACAAAUUUGCGGGGUUAUGGGGCACAGAAUUGUUUGAACGACUUAAUAUAAUGGGUAAAAUAAGCACUGACUAGUGUAAUGUUAUGAGAGGUAGAAUAUAUGACAUUUUUUUUGAACUUAUACCACUUUUUGAGCAUUAUUUUUAUCGCAUCUUUUUAGGAAUAGGUAUGAAUCAGAACGUACUGAAAUCAGGUUACUAUAUUCAGCCAUCUUCGGUAUUCCUAAUAGUGGUCGAGUUAACACAAAUGUUGCUGAAAGUAAGUGAAAAGUUGAAAGUGUAUUUUAUAUUUUUAUUAGUUUGAGUUUAUGGUAACUUUGCUAGCGGAAUUAUAAGAAUUGUAGAGGGGGUAGGAGUGGUCUGUAAAAUAGGCUUUUGAAAAAAUUUAAUUUAUCUGGGUUUUUUAUUUUUGAAAAAUUUUAAAUAAAUUUUUAAGUUGCUCUAAAAGCCAUGGAAAACAACGUCCAUUUAACCCCAUUCAUCUUACCCAUCAUAUCUCAACAAUUACUGGUCGAUUACUCUGAUAAAAGCGUAAUGGCCAAGCUCUUGGACAGAGUGUUUGAACUAGCCAAGCAAGCUAAUACUAUUCUCGAACUCUCCACCUUGGCUACCUUUAUUGGUCGAAUCACAGCAGUAGACCCUCGCCAACUCAUGGAUACUGUAGCAUGGAAAGACGAAAGCCCAAAGAGUUUGAUCUGUUUGACAUUGGACGAGGUUGAGUUUGUACGACGAUUUGUGAAGGAUACCUUCAGAUGGCACAUUGAAGCCCCAUCUGGAGGUCAGUCCGAUAUGGCAGCAUUGUGUUUACAGUACCUCUGUGCAGAGUUGAAAGCAUACGGUAGCAAGUACGGGGUUGUGAGAGAGGAAAUGCCAGAGUUGGGACCAUAUGAGACGGCUACGAUUGUUGCCAGAAGUGUAGCCGGUUACUAUGAGGUGCCAAUCAGUGGAGAUGCUCAUAAAGGUAGUAUUAAGAAUCAUUCCAUGUGGUUGGUACAGUGGUUCAGGGUGUUGACGAAAGAGGUAGGGCUAUGAUGAGUUAUGGUAAAUUUAUUAUAUAUAUAGCUUUUUAUAUUGUUUAGACAUUUUGGCCAUUUUUUAGGUAAAAUUGCAUUGGUUGUUAUUAGAUAAAUGAAGAAUAUUGUCUUCAAUUAUCUAAAAAGUUGAUUAUUAUCAAUAAUAGCAUGAUUUUAGUUAAAAACCGUGCCAUUCACAAUGUUGGACUCCCUUUCAAAGUGCUUUUCCGGCGAAGAAAUGCCAUUUUUGUACGAAGAGUUCUUGCCCAUCGUCAUCCUUCAAUGUUGUAUCGAGUUUCCAGCUUCCAAAGUAACAGCUUUGAUGACAAAAGAAGCCACAUCAGUCUUUGUGGCAUCCAAAAAGCGAUCAGAAGAAACAAGAGCAGACAUUAACGAGAGUUGUCAGACAAUAUUCUCGAUCUUUGAUGAGUUAUACAGAGUUAUCUUGAAGGAAAAGGACAAGAAGUUAAUGAAAUUAAAAGAAGGUCGUCUAAACAUAGCCUCAUUUGUGGAAGAUAGCCUUAAGUUCCGACAGGACCCUUUAGACGCGAUGCCAGCUUCAGUCUACGCGGCCGAAUGCUGUGACAACUUCUAUCGAGCUCAACGAGUUCUAGAACAAUAUGCGAUUGCAAGAGAUCACCGAGGAAUGCCCAAGUACAACAGAAGUAUCUACAGUCUAGUCCAGAGUUUGAACUUCAAUCUUCAGGAGGUCGAGAACAACGAAGGCGCCUUCGAAAUGAUUAUGAAGCAUGAUAAGCCGACGGAUCUACAGGUCAUCAAGUGUGCUUAUGCCAGAGGCGAUUUUCAUGAGAUUCUGCCAAUGAUUUCGAACGAAAAUAGGGUGCGUUUUAGCACUUUUAUCGGAUUUUGGCAUGCUUUUUUGAAAAAUUGAUCUAAAACAAUAUUUUCAGGAGUUUAUGGUGCAAUUUCUUCAAGUUUUUAAUCAACCACAACUUGUUUUAUACUUUAUUGAAUGCAGCUUCACAAAAGAAGAACAACGACUCUUAAAACGAGAUUAUCCCGAUGUAUACCAAGCUAAAUGUCAAGCAGCUGUUGAAUUAGGCAAAUGGGACUUGAUCGAAACUGAUCCUGGUAAGUUGUGUAAAAUUCGCGGUGACUUUUUAGUUCUAUUUAUAAAGAUGUUUUUCUUUGAACUUUUUAUUCAGUUAUAUUAUAAUAUAAAUAUGAUUAUUUUAGUCUUAGAAUCUAUAGAAGAACUGACGCCAAGAAUUGCCGAAGUUGAUGUAAGACCAGAUUAUGGGAUCAAGGCUGUUGACUCUAGAAAUAAGAAAUCAGAGACGAUUAGAUUAGAAAAUGAUGAUUUGUCACAAACGAUAACUUCAAAAGUUUCAGAAAGUGAAAUUCUGGCAUUUGUCAGCGAUAUUGAGGAUUCAGAUGAUGAAUCUAAACGAGAUUUACCUAAACUUGAAGGCAAUGGCGAUGGGAAACAUGGCAAUGAUGGUAGGUUUAGUAAAACUUGAGAACUUGUACAUUGAUAAGGCAUUUUAAGUGUUUUGGAUGGAUAUGGUGGUAUAUUUUGAAAAAAUUUAAUUUUUUGAUAUUUGUUUGAUCAUUCUGUAUAUAUGUGUAUACCUACCUAAUUUCAGCCCUCUCUGAAACCCGAAAGCGAUUAGGGCUAGAAAACGAUGCAGUAUCGACCAAAAAGCCAAGGUUAUCAACAACAAAACGAAUGGAUAACUCUCUGUAUGAUGAUGACACUGAAAUGAUGUUCAAAGAGAAUCUAGAACCAUCUGAAAUUGUAGUAGAUAAUGAAGUUGUUAUUGAAGGAAGUCCGUCUUCAUUACUGAUUGGAAAUGAAACAUCUAAUGGUGAACAGGAGGCUGGGAGUAAAAAGACGGUAAGUCGUAUUGUAGUAUUGGAAAUUAAUUUUUAAAAUGACAUUUUACAGUUUACUGGGUUAAUACUUGGGAUUUUUGACAUGUUUUUGCUCAAAAAGAUUUAAAAUGGCAUACAAUUUGAUUCUUCUAAUACAUUUUUAUAACAAUUUUAUGAUUAUGAUUGUUUACAACACUUUAUAGGAGCCGUCCGUAUGUGAACAUAAGUCAUCUUCACUAGACCUAAUAGAAGACAAGUUAGAUCGUUGGGAAUUGAUGCUAAAAUACCAUAACGAUGACAUUAAAGACAAUGCCAAACGUUGUUACAAUGAUUAUGAUGACAGAAUGGAGGUAUUAGAAGCCCUUACCACAUGGACACCUUACGAUGACUAUGACCCAGUAUACGAUUCUCCAGUUCAACACACAUUUUUAAGUGAUUUGGCUGUAAUUCUGGAGAAGUGUAGACGGAAAAAGUUUGAAGAGGCCAAGAAACAUCUGAAGUUGAUACAGGUAUACUUGAUGAAGACGCUGGGACAGCAAGGAGUUGAUAACACGAGGCCUUACAUUGUGGGAUACGAGUUCGUUCAGAAUCUGCAUACGUUGGAGGAUUUGAAGUGUGCUGUGCCUGAAUUGAGUGAUAACAUGAGCAGUAUAUGGGGAGAUGUAGGGUUGAAUCAGACCGAGGAAAGCAUCGUGGAAUUGCAGAUUGCGGAGUCGGCUGGAAGUAAGAACAUUUUAUAAUUUUUUAAAUUAGGAUUUCGAUUCAUAAAACUACGAUUUGAUACCUAAAAAUGAAUUUAAGUAACAAAAAAUUUAAAAAACGUACAAAUUUUAUAUUCUUUUUUAUAAAUGUUUUGUUUUGGACAAAAUUAUUGAAAAAAUUGCUUAAAUUAAAAUUUUAGGUCAAGCAAGAACAAUCAAAGACAUUCUAAACGUGUGGAACAAGCGCGACAAGUUGGUACGCCAAACUCCUCGUGAUUUGGAGCCAAUCCUCAGAAAUCGACGAAAUAUUUUGCGAUCAUUGUCAAGACCAGAUAUUGAGGGUGAGGUCAAAGAAGGACUGACAAAGUUAUUGGUACAAAGCUCAAGGCUAGCUAGAGAAAACGAUAUGACUCAUACUGUAUUACCAUACCUAACUGAGGCGAAGAAAGACGGUUGCAAUAUGCUGGAUUUGGAAGUCGAACGGGCUUAUUAUUACAUGGAGAAGAAGGUGGGGAUUUUUGUUUGAAAGGGGUGGAUUUUGAAAAAUUUUAGAGAGUACUAUACCUUUAAAUGUAUUGAUAUUUGGCAUGUUUUUAAUGUUUUGUGGCCGAAACAAACGAUAUUACUUUAAUUCUUUUAGGACUCCUCAGAAAACCCAGUCCAGAUCAUGUCAGCUGCUGUGGCUGACUACUUCCCCUUAUGCUGGCAACUCCUGAAAGAUGUGACCGAACCUAUUGUUGAUACAAAGAAACGCAAAUCCACCUCAACGAAAACAUUGUCGAACAUUGGAGCAAAAGAAGACGUGAAGAAAUGGGAAGAAUCGAUGGUAUCUAUGCUGGAUAUGAUGUCAAGCGAACAAAUUAGUGGAUCGCCCAAGUUGCUCAAGUUGUGCAAACAUAUGGAAACUCUUGGGGCAACAACGGAGCUCUUCUUCUACAGAUUUGCCAUGUUUGUCGAUGGAGCUUAUGAAGUGGUGAGUUGGGUUUUGUAUAUUAGGUAAUAUAUUUUUAAAUAUUAUUAAAUGUCGAAGAGAAAGAUAUGUUUUUGAGCUAUAUCUAGGCCAAAAAGUUAAUAGAAAGGGUAAAAAUAACAAAAAAAAUGUACUAAUUUGGUUUAAAAGUUUGUAUAACUAAGUAAAAAGGACCUAACAAGGGAGUGUUACAAACUACUCCACGCCAAUUAUAAAACGAGUUAUACCGUUAUAAAGAGCGUUAAAAAUUAGCUUAGAAUCAGCUUUUUUUAGCUGCCGAAACUAUAUGGCACGGCAUAUAUUAGCGAUCAAAGGAUUUACAUAGGGUUUUCUAUUUGACUCUUCUCAUUCGUCUUGAGCAAAACAAAUGGAUUGAAGCUUCGAUCCAGUGUGGUCGAGUGGUUAACAAGUUAGUCUGGGGUGCAAAAGGCGGGGAGUUCGAAUCCCGUCGAUUUCAUUUUGGGCCCAGCCAUCAUGACAAGAAGUUUUGGCUAGCCAAACAAUAUUUUGGUUAAACAAAUAUUUUUUAAGUCUUAUUUUUUGCUUUUAGUCACUUUUAGAAAAAAAUAUUUAGCAAAAAAUAGUAUUUUUUGGACUUUAAAGGUAUACCUUUUAAACAUAUAAGUAUAUAUAACGAGGUGUAGCUGCCGUGCCACAUGGUUUCGGCAGCUAAAAAAAGUUGAUUCUAGACUACUUUUUAACGUUCUUUCCAACGGUAUAACUCGUUUUGUAAUUGGCGUGGAGUAGUUUGUAACAUUCCCUUGUAAAACAAUAAAUUUUUGCCGUUUUAGCCUCAUGAUCAAGCUGCCAGAUUGUUAAUACGGCUUUGUAUAGAAACAAUGAAGCGUGGUGAUACGUAUCAGUACGAUGUUAUGCCAAGAAUGAUCACAGCAUGGCUGGACACCGCUAGAGAAUUGAAUUGGCAGAAGAAACUUGAUGGGCAAAAAGGAAGUGUAAGUAACUUCUUUUUAAGUUACGGCUUAUUAUACUUUGUUAACUCUACCUUAACGUAAAGCUAUAGUAACCUUGUUUUAGUCAGCUCAAUCUCUUCACGAGUCAGCCAAGAGUUUUGUGACAGAGACUACAGCAGAGCCCCAUUCUCUAGUUCUGCAAGCUUUUAACGAGUUGUCGUCAACAAAGUUUUACAUAGUGUUCUCAUUAUUGGCUACAAGAUUGUCAAAAGCUGAACGAGUUGAUGCAGAAGUGAUCAAACACAUUAUGAAGUCACUACUGGUUGAAUACCCACAUCAUUGUGCUUUGUUAGCAAUGGGAGAGGCUAGGUGUUCUACUAAGAAGUGUAGGUUAUUAUCAUAGUUGAAGUUUGGUAAUGUGAGAGUUUGUUGUCAAUGGGUUUACUAAGUAUGUUACUGUAGAGGUAUUGACCACAAGAGUUUCUUGAUACUUUUUUAAUUCUAGGGAUUUUUUAAAAUUGUUUGUUGUUUAAUAUACAUAUUGUGAAAUUUAGUUGGCGACCGAGCAGCAGCAAUGUCGAGAGUCUUGGAUGAAGUUAAACGGAGCGAAAGGCGUGUUAAACCUCUGAUCGAAAUGUACAAAUUCUUGGCUGAUAAUUUGAGCAAGUAAGUCUUUCCUUGAAUUUAAAACAGUUUAAAGUGUAAUAUUAUUUUCUUGGUGCUGAUUUUACCAUGCUAGCGACACCAAUACCAAAAAUCAGAAAGUUAUCACAAUGACGUUUUAAAUUGGUUUUUUACAAUUUUUUAGAAUAUCGUCAAUCAAGGUGAAUUCCGACGUGAUGGACAUGCAGAUCAACUUUUCUGAAUUUGUCAGUUUCAUUCACACUGGUCAUAGACAACCUCUGCCGCUUGGUAAAAGGCCUUCUCCACCUUCAGUGCCAAUGUUCUUCAAGUAUUUGGAUGAGCCGUUCAAAGAAGUACCCAAGGGUACAGUGUUUAUUCACAAAGUUGUCAAUGAGUGCAAUGUAAGAUUUACGGAGUUUGCGGUUCUACUUUAGAGUUUAUAUGUAAUAUUGUAAUGUAGUGGGUUGAGGUGGGGAGGCUAGAGAAUAGGGGUACUGUUGACUGAUUUAGAGCUUUGUACCUUGCUGAGGCUAGCGUAAAUUAAGGUUAAUGGUAAUUUAAGGCUAUAAUAUUUUGUUUAAAGGUUAAUAUAUAAAAUUAAAAACGAAAAUAUGUUGGUUUAGGUAAUCAACUCUCUUGCUCGGCCAAAACGACUGACUUUGAUUGGAUCGGAUGGAGAAAAGUAUAUUAUCCUUUGCAAACCGACUGAUGAAUUGCGAAAGGAUAUGAGGUUCUUGGAGCUGGCUUCAGUAAGUAUUACUUGAAACGGAAGUUUUAGGAUUUUUAAUUUUUGAACUUUUAAAUUUACUCAGAAUUCAUCGAAAUUUUACGGAUUUAAAAUUUUUAAAAUUUUUUCAAUUCGUAGUUACAAUAUUCAUAUAAAACAAUGAAUUGCAGAUGUUGAACCGAAAAAUGCAGACCAGUCGAUACACCAGGAACAGAGACUAUCGUAUCCGGACAUACCACGUGAUACCAUUGGAGGAAACUGGUGGUAUAAUCGAAUGGGUACCACACAUGGACACGCUAAAUAAUUGUAUUCGAAAUGGAAAUUGUAAAAACAGGGAUUUAUUGUUGAAAAUACGAGAUUCUAUAACCAAAAAUGUAAGAUUUUUAGUUAAAAUUUGGACAGAGAGUAGUUAGAAGCAUGUUAAAUUUAAACUAAUAUCAAAAAAGGCUAAAAACCUAACAUAAUGUUAAAAAAGGUGGUUGUAGACUUAAAUUAAAAGCAAACACGAUAAUUUUUUAUUUUUUAAAGUAUGUAUGCCUAUGUAUACAGGGUGUUCAUUUAUAAAUGCCACUUUUUGAGAACUUGUUUCUCGGCGGUUUUUAGAGAUAUUGCAAAAAUUUUUUUUUGCACUGCACUUUUAAAAAAUAGGCCAUUUUUGGCUUGCUAAUUGGUUUUUUUUCGAAUUCGGCGAACGAUCGGCGGACCUCGGCGGAGGCUGAAAAUUGGCCAAUAGGUUCUCGAAUAUUGAUUUUUGUGGUCGAUUUUGUCGUAUGAACAAAAGAAAUAAACAAAAUUGCAAAAAAAAAUUUUUUCUUCGCGUCGGCGGACUCAUGGAUGUUUUCGGCGAAGCGAUAACUUCGUUCAUUUUUAACCGAUUUUUUUCAAACCAAAGACAAAUUAUUCAUAAUCCUAUGGGCUACCAAAAAAACCAACUUUAGAAAAAUUUGCAAUUUUUAAAAAAAUUCGGCGGAGAGGCGCUUUUUCGGCGGAGGCCAUAACUCGUUUCAUCCUUGAUAUUUUUUCUCAAACAAAAACUAGACUAUUUAUAUUUUAAAGGGCUGCAAGAAUGCCAAUUUUCGUAGAAUUCGCUUUUUUAGGCAAAAUUCGGCGGAGAGAGGUCUCUCCGGCGGAGGACAUAACUCGUUUCGUUCUUGACAUUUUUUUCUCAAACAAAAACUAGACUAUUUAUAUUUUAAAGGGCUGCAAGAAUGCCAAUUUUUGUAGAAUUCGCUUUUUUAGGCAAAAUUCGGCGGAGAGAGGUCUCUUCGGCGGAGGCCAUAACUCGAUCCGUUCUUGAUAUUUUUUCUCCAAACAAAAACCAGACUAUUCGGAAUUUAAAAAGCUUCAAAAGGGCUGACUUUUGUAAAGAUUGCCACCUUGAGAAAAAAUCGGCGGAGAGAGGUCUCUCCGGCGGAGGACAUAACUCGUUUCGUUCUUGACAUUUUUUUCUCAAACAAAAACUAGACUAUUCAGAUUUUAAAGGGCUGCAAUAAUGCCAAUUUUUGUAAAAUUUGCUUUUUUUAGGCAAAAUUCGGCGGAGUGACGUCUCUUCGGCAGAGGCCAGAACUUGUUUCGUUUUUGAUAGAUUUUUUUUCAAACUAAAAACAGAUUAUUAUGAUUAAAAAGGUUGUUCAAAUAGUUGUAUUUUUUACACAUUGUUUUUUAACAAAAAAUUUUUUAAAAUAUCAUUUUUCAAAAAAAAUAAACAAAUUUCUCAAAAAAUAGUUUUGUUGUAGUUUUUUAAGUUUUAAAUAAUCUGAUUUUUGGUUGAAUAAAAAAUAUUAAAAACGAAACGAGUUAUGGCCUCCGCCGAAGAAACCUCUCUCCGCCGAUUUUUUCUCAAGGUGGCAAUCUUUACAACAGUCAGCUCUUUUGAAGCUCUUUAAAUUCCGAAUAGUCUGGUUUUUUGUUUGGAGAAAAAAAUAUCAAGAACGGAUCGAGUUAUGGCCUCCGCCGAAGAGACCUCUCUCCGCCGAAUUUUGUUUAAAAAAGCGAAUUCUACGAAAAUUGGCAUUCUUGCAGCCCUUUAAAAUAUAAAUAGUCUAGUUUUUGUUUGAGAAAAAAAUAUCAAGGAUGAAACGAGUUAUGGCCUCCGCCGAAAAAAGCGUCUCUCCGCCGAAUUUUUUUAAAAAAAUUGCAAAUUUUUCAAAAGUUGGUAUUUUUGUAGCCCAUAGGAUUAUGAAUAACUUGUUUUUGGUUUGAAAAAAAUCGGUUAAAAAUGAACGAAGUUAUCGCCUUCGCCGAAAACAUCCAUGAGUCCGCCGACGCGGAGAAAAAAAUUUUUUUUUUGCAAUUUUGUUUAUUUCUUUUGUUCAUACGACAAAAUCGACCACAAAAAUCAAUAUUCGAGAACCUAUUGGCCAAUUUUCAGCCUCCGCCGAGGUCCGCCGAUCGUUCGCCGAAUUCGAAAAAAACCAAUUAGCAAGCCAAAAAUGGCCUAUUUUUAAAAGUGCAGUGCAAAAAAAAAUUUUUGCAAUAUCUCUAAAAACCGCCGAGAAACAAGUUCUCAAAAAGUGGCAUUUAUAAAUGAACACCCUGUAUAUGACAUACAUUUAUAUUUUCAAAUUUCAGCGUUUUAAAAAGCAAGAAUUGCACAGUAUCUACAUGCAGAAGCUGAUCCCUCUCUUCCAAACCGAGAUGGGACUUUACCUGAGGAAGACUUCAUUAAACCCAUCGGCUUACUACGAAAAGCAACGUAAUUACACGGUAACUACAGCCGCAAUGUCAGCUUUGGGUCAUAUUGUUGGCUUGGGAGAUCGCCAUCUGGGUAAUAUACUGGUCGAUGGCACGAAUGGUGAUGUGAUGCACGUGGACUUUAACUUGCUGUUCAACAGUGGAGAGAUGCUUACUGUGCCGGAGGUAAAGACGUCUUGAAUUUAAUACACUACUAUUUUGCAAACUUAUUUCACCUUGAAUAAUAUAAAUAUUUUGCAGAUUGUACCUUUCCGACUAACCAGAAACGUGGUGGACGGCUUCGGCCCAACUGGUGUAGAAGGUCGCUUCAGAUGCGCGUUUGAAAGAAUUAUCAAGUUUUUGAAAUCAGAAAAACCUGCCAUCUUAAGAGUGCUAAAAAGCUUCAUCUACGACCCGCUAAUCGACUGGAGAAUCGACGAAGACAACGACCACUCCAGCUAUGCCAGACGAUCCAGCAACAACAAUAUCAGUGUGCAAGACCGGAUCGAGCUGGUCAGAGAUCGACUAGAUGGAUACCUACAUACCACGAUUCAGCCAAAGAUUGGCCCUAUCAAUGAUGAACGAGUGUUGGUGUCGAAGUUGAUGGAAAUGGCAAUGGACGAGGAAUCUUUGUCGCAAAUGUACUUUGGAUGGUCUCCAUUCGUCUAA